AUGGCAAAUUCAGCUUCUGGAAGCCCUAGCGGCAAGCUUCAAUGGUGGCGCAACUCCGGCCUCCGUCGGUUGGUCUUUUGGCAGACUUGUAUCUUGGUCUCACAAAUGGUAGUCGGCUAUGAUGAGGUAGUGGUGGGGAGCUUUCAGUCCAUGGACAAUUGGGUACAAGAUAUGAGCAAUCCCUCUGAUGAAAUCCUGGGCCUCAUCACUGCCAUGGUCUUCAUUGGCGGCGUCAUUGGCGCCCUUGUCGCUUCAUGGCCUGCCGAUACCUUUGGUAGACGUUCAACCCUGUUUGCUGGCUCGCUCCUCUCAGUCGUUGGGUCAAUCUUGCAAGCUGCCUCGCCUGGGCGGACAGAGUUCAUUGUUGGUCGCCUCAUUCUAGGCAUUGGCAUCAGCUUUACGACAUCUGCGGGUCCUAGUCUGCUGAAUGAAGUGGCUCAUCCAAGCCUUAGAGGUGGCAUGGCAUCAAUGUUCAAUGUUCUCUGGUACGUCGGUUCUAUACUAGCCGCCUGGCUGUGUUUUGGUACAGGGCACCUCAAUACAACUUGGUCGUGGCGAAUUCCCUCCAUUGUUCAAGCAUGUAUUCCUUGUCUUGUCAUGGUUGCAUCAAUCUUUAUGCCCGAGUCGCCACGCUGGCUGUGCUCCAAGGGCAGAGUAGAAGAAGCGCGCAAGAUGCUCGUCAAGUACCACGCAAACGGAGACAAUGAAUCGGAACUCGUUGCCAUCGAGAUCCAGGAAAUACUGUCUGCACUCGAGUAUGAACGUCAGGUUCAGGUGGGCUCUUGGGCGCAGGCCCUCAAGUCCAAGAGCAACCGCAAGCGAUUCACAAUUUGCGUGGCCGUCGCUGUGCUCACUCUCUGGAACGGACAAGGAGUCAUUUCGUACUACUUUAGUCCCAUACUAGACAGCAUCGGCAUUACCAGUACGGAGCAGCAGACGGGCAUCAAUGGCGGCAUGUCGAUUUGGAACUUUCUGUGCUCACUCGUCGGAGCACUGCUCGCCGACCGGGUUGGUCGUCGCACGCUAUGGCUGGCCUCUUUCAUCGGCAUGAUUUUCGCCAACGUGCCCCUGACCAUCGCCAGCGCCAUGUACAGCAACCACGGAUCGCAAGCCGCGGCUUACACGACCGUGGUGUUUUUGUUUCUGUACAAUGCCGCUUUCAAUGUCGCUUGCAACCCCCUCUUGUAUUGCUACACGACCGAGAUUCUGCCCUUUAGUAUUCGAACACGAGGCUUGGCUUUGCAGAUUCUGGUUAGUCAGGUGGCACUCACGGUGAACCAAUACGUCAACCCGAUUGCGUUGGCUCGGAUCGGAUACUACUACUUCAUCUUCUACUUGGGAGUCCUGAUCCUGAGUACAAUUUUCAUUUACUUUGUUUUCCCAGAAACAAAAGGUUCCACUUUGGAAGAAUUGGGCAUGCUUUUCGAGGACAAGCAUCCGAUAGAAGGCAAGAUUGUCGAGGAAGGUGUUGCUCCCGUUGAUGACAGCAAAGGUAAGAUGUCAAUCUCAGCAGAGGUUACCAAUGUAUGA